GCACCAAAGCCUGGUCAGAAUGUUGAACAGAGCCAGGAGCCACGUUCAAACCCCAGACUGACUUGUAACAAGCCUUUUGCCACUGUCGGCAUAACACGAACGCCAUUAUUCCCAGCCCAGACCUCCGUUUCAUUCCUACACACCAUAUAUUGCUUUUAUUCGCGGGCUGGUCGAUACGCCUGUCGGGGCAUGAUGAGCGGCCUCCGUUUCGAUCGAGCAAAAGCUUCGGCCGCUUCUUGGGAAAUGGUAUCCGUUCGGAUCAUACUGCCAAUAGACAUGAAGAAUCUACACCUGUCAACAGAUGCAAAGCUCGUGGAGUGAUGUGACAUUACCCAAAGGUUGCUCCAGAUCCCAUCAUGUACUGUCCAAGAGUUCGUCCAACUCCGUUGGGUCCUGCGCCGUAUCUCAUGAUGUUCACGGAACCUUCGAAAGUUAGAGACCAGUGCUUCUUCCCGCUAGAACGACAUACCAAAUAUGAACCCAAUGAUGACUCCGACAGCUGCGGAUACGGUAUUAGCAUCUGCGAGCAAACAUGGAAGUACUCUGACUUACUACUACCCAUCAUAGCUCCCAUCUUCCCUAUUUGCCAUCAUCAGUUGAAGAUCUUGCUGAAGUUCUCUUGCCCAAUUGACCACAAUAUCGACUCACACUUGUCAAAGGCCGAUGGCCCUCCCAUAUUUGCUCCAACUGGUACUGGCAUAUUGACGAGGAUGAGGUGGUUAGGGCGAGGUUGAGCGAUUCCUAAGAGGCUGAAGGGAAAUAUCAAGCUGGCGUUCAAUUCUAAUGGAUGCAGCACUCUCGGCUUCUUCCCGCCCAAGCUCUUUUUGGUCGUCCUCGAAGCACAGGCCACAUUCUCUCCGCACUUGAGCACGUGACAAUAUAAUUGACUCGCUGCUCCUUUCCAGUGGUAUUCGCUGUUAACAGGAGCCUCUGAUCUUGAAUCGAUUAACGCCUUGGCCCUUUCAAAGACUACGUACCAUAGUCUGGCUCCGUGUACUGUCUUGGUGCAACGACUUGACGUGGAUGUAUAUGCGCGCGUGCUCUCUUAUCCAGAUCUCGCUCCUGAUAGGUGCUUUGAACCUCGCGAGUGAGACGACGGCCCAGACGAGAGGGAAAGGAUCUCCAAAGUUUCCCAUUUGGCACCGUCAACCUCCUACUGCCAUCCCUUACACCACCAACAAUUGACCUCGCUACCAGACGCGACGCAGACUGCUACACCCUGGAAUAUACCCCUGCCGCAUCAGAAGAAGCAAAAUAUACCCUCGAGCUACUUGCAGACUAGGAAGGGCCGCUUUGGACCGAAGCGCCGCAGAGCUGUCGUGCUGAGGUGCCUGGGGGAGGUUCUGAGUCGAGGACAUUCCAACCACAUCGCCCCCAAACCGUCCUUCAUACCUCAUCCACCACCCUACCCAACGCCUCGAAUACCUUGCAGAUGACGGCGGUUGCGAAUCCACCGAGCUUCCAACAAAAUAGUCGGUCAGCAUGGAGUGCUAAUGUCAGUCAAGGAGGACUCAAUGCCAUGAACGCCGACGAAGUCGCCCGAAUGUUCAUGCCACGAAAAAGCGCUCAACGCGCCAACUCCUCAUCGUCCAUCUCUUCAAACUCCUCGACUUCCUCAACCUCCUCGACGUCUACAAUUGCUCAAGCACCACCACAAACCAAUGGCGUGCCCAUGAUACCGUCUGGCGAUCUCAGCACAUGGGGAGGAACUGCUGCGGCGCGGAAAAAGACCCAGAGGACAGGACCAUGGCCAGCAGGCAAAUCAGAAGUAUCUGGGUUGUCGACCGCCAAACCACAAUCAAUUUUAGUGCCAAAUGGGUCGACUGCGACGUCCUCCUUGACCUCGAUCCACCAGCCAUCCGCUGUAGUACCGUCACAGCAUGCCCUUCAACCGCCUACGCAACAAAUGAAUGGCUCUCGACCGCCGGCUUCACCAGUUGGGGAAGGCAAUCCAGUGUUGUAUCUUCUAUCCAUGAACGGCACAUUCGAGAGGAAGACUAUAUCUGUUCCAUUUUAUCCCGAUAGCCUACGUAUAGGUCGGCAAACGAACGCUAAAACUGUCCCUACACCUACGAAUGGAUUCUUUGAUUCGAAGGUUUUGUCGAGGCAGCAUGCGGAGUUAUGGGCCGAUCGGCAAGGCAAGAUCUGGAUUCGAGAUGUAAAAUCUUCGAACGGUACCUUUGUGAACAACGCACGAUUGUCUGCAGAGAAUCGAGACUCUGAGCCACACGAGCUGCAAACACAGGACCAUCUGGAACUUGGAAUCGACAUUGUGAGCGAGGACCAAAAAACCGUUGUCCAUCAUAAAGUUGCAGCGAAAGUUGAACAUGCUGGAUUUCUUGGUGCGACGAACAACGUUCUGGAUAUGAACUUUGGCGAUUUGGAUCCAGCCAACGGAGCUUUGAUGUUACCAUCUCAAGGUUCCCUGCAGAUGAGAGGAAGGACGGGCAGUAUUGGUUCGGUGGCAAGCAAUGGUCGUAUGGGCCCUCCCGCCAGUGUUGCCGGAAGUCAAAUGAGUGCCAUGAGCCAACAGCGGCCCAUGAAUUUCUGGUUAACGCCGGUUACCACAGAGCAAAUUGUGAAGAGGCUCACUCACGAAAUGCGGGCAGCUCGACUACAGACCAAUGAACUUGGACGAACGGACAAUUUCUUCGGAUCGUUAUUAUCAAAGGAGGAUAUCAGGGAAAACGGGAAAGAAAAGGCACCCAUGUCCGAAGCCUCCAAAGCUCCACAGGUCAAUGGAGGCUCUGUAUCAUUUCGAGGCGACGUCAAGCCUCGAUUCUCAGACCCUCCUGCUCCACCACCACAACAGCCUCUACCUGAGAAGCCUGACGUUGCUCGCUCACACAUUUUCGAUCCGCCGGUACCACCACUCAAACGAACCAAUACCGAACGGCCCAGGUCUGUACCUAGUGUUUCCCCGGUUCGCCAGGAACCAGCCAGCCAGAUCAUCACAUUAGUCGAGGCUCUUGCCUCAGCCAAAAAGGAGAUAGACACCCAAGGAGCCAGAUUACGCGAUCUUGAAGAAAUGCUCCAGAAGGAACGGCAAGCACGAGAACAGGCCGAGGAAAUUGCGAAGAAAUUAGAACAACAAUCAGAAGCAAGGGCGAAUGGGGACAUCAAGGCCAGUGAUGAAGGCUCGGUCAUUGAGGAAGCAUUUGAGCCCCCUGCAGAAACUGUUGAGGUGAAGGAAGAAUCACCCGCAGACCUACCGGGAGACCGUACUGUCGACCCAACUGCGAUCAGCGAGUCAACACUAUUACUCGAAAAGCGCUUAGAGACAAUGCUUCUUGAUAUGCAGGAACUACGAGAUCAAAUGGAAUCAUUUAAGACACGGGCCGAGACGGCCGAGUCGGAGAGAGAUACCGACAGGAAAACAUUGGCAGAGAUGGUGGAAAAGAUACGAGCAGACGAGCUUUCAAGAGUCAAGUCAGUGGAGCACAAUCGAUCACUUUCCGGGGAUAGUCUCACGAAGAAUCUUCCUAAUGGUAGCGCUGAGGUGACCAAGUCUGGUGACUCACUCCUGGAUGGCCUGCCGAAUGGGAGCGUCGUAUCGAGCGAGAAGGAACCAAUAUCGGCAGUCAGUACUCUUGCAAGGCCUCCUGGGAAUCCAUUGCUGUACCAAACAACACCAUACGCUUCAAUGGUAGGCGUUGUGCUUAUUGGGAUGGGGUUAAUGGCGUACCUAAAUGGAUGGCAACCCCCAAAAGCAGAAAGAUAGAGAUGCCUUCGAGCGAUCCUCUCAUCCUCUUGUUUAAACAGCAUAAUCGCAAACACAGCCGAGCGAGGCAACAUAUAAUCUCCUUUGUCAUCUUCCAUCCGACCAUGUAGCAAGCAAGCUUUGAAUGAGGCGUUUUCGGGUUAAGGCACUGCAGCAAACAAACAUACGGGAUUGGGGUUUUCCAUAAAUUCGGGUAUAGGUUCGGGAUUGAGCAACCAAGCAUAUUGCGUGCGAACGGGUUUCCUUCAACUUGUCAUUCAUACAUUUACUUUUGCCGUGGGCUUUGUCGGCGCCGAUUAUGUUUUCCCUUGAUGAAAUGGGGAGCGAAAUUUGAUGCGAUUCGGAUGCAUUCUGAAAGAAAGAAACAAGAAAGGAAUUAGCUGAUUCAUGGUCAAGGGUCUUCUUGGGGCUUGCGUGGCUCUCGAGUAGACACAGUGUGAAAUUAUGUUUUUAUAGCGAAUCAAUGGGUUCCAUCUUCUUCUAACGACA